GCAGGAAUAGCAUUUUUGUUUGUAUCUCAAUACCAAAACAAUAAAUCACCGAACGGAAUAACCGAGUACAAGCUUCUCUUCUCACAGUCGUUCUCAGAUUUAGUUCUCGUUCUGCCAGCGGCAAGAUCACAUCCAGCACUCGACAGAAGUGAUUAUAUUUGUUCGGUGGAUUCCAGAAAAUGCCGCCCAACCGCAUUUUCGCCAUUUUGAUCGUGUUGAUCUCGAUCGGGGCUCUCCAAGCCGGCGUUGUUCGACGAGGGUCCUCCGAUGAACCCGUGACGACAGAAGCGCAGGAAUCCAACGCUCGAGAAGCUCUGGAGCGGUGCGAGAAACGGUACCAGGAAACCAAGGUCAAGCAGAUCCAUGCCGCCUGGGCGUACGGAUCCAAUAUAACCGAGCAUAACCUUGCCAGGAAGAAAGAAACGGCGACCGAAUUUGCUGAGGUGGCAAAGUCGGUAGCCCAAGAAUUACGUCAGUUUGAUUACCAAUCGUUUCGUAAUGAGGAUUUGAAGCGUCGCUUCAAAGAGCUAACAAAGCUAGACUAUGCGGCUCUGCCUGAGGACAAGUUCAAAGAGCUUUUCGGAGCAGUGGCAAACAUGGAGUCCAACUAUGCCAAGAUUAAAUUGUGUACGUAUAAAGACAACGCAAAUUGCCAGCUUUCUUUGGAUCCGGAAUUGACGGAAAUCAUGGCUAGCAGUCGUGACGCUGAGGAGUUGAAGUACUAUUGGAUUGAAUGGUACAACCGGGCUGGAAAACCCACCAGAGAAUCCUUCCAAAAGUACGUUGACCUCAACACAGAAGCAGCAAAAUUAAACGGUUUCGAAAACGGUGCGGACGUUUGGUUAAGUGAGUACGACGAUCCUACCUUCGAGCAACAAGUCCGCGAUGUGAUCAUGCAGUUGAGACCUCUGUAUGAACAGAUCCAUGCAUAUGUUCGCUUCAAGCUAAGGCAAAAAUACGGACCUGAAUUGGUUUCGGAGACGGGACCAAUACCUAUGCAUCUACUUGGAAAUAUGUGGGGUCAGACUUGGGAUAAUAUUGCUGACUUCACGACACCCUUCCCAGAAAAAAAACUUUUGGAUGUGACUGACGAAAUGGUUAAGCAGGGGUACACUCCCCUGAAGAUGUUCCAAAUGGGGGACGAGUUCUUCGAAUCGCUGAACAUGACUAAGCUACCACAAACUUUUUGGGACAAAAGUAUCAUCGAGAAACCCACGGACGGACGUGAUCUGGUUUGUCACGCCAGCGCGUGGGACUUCUUCGCAACGGAUGACGUUCGCAUCAAGCAGUGCACCCGUGUGAACAUGCGUGAAUUCUUCGUCGUUCACCACGAGCUAGGCCACAUCCAGUACUAUCUGCAGUAUCAACAUCAACCGGUGGAGUAUCGUGGCGGUGCCAAUCCGGGCUUCCACGAAGCCGUCGGUGAUGUGCUCUCACUUUCCGUUUCCACUCCAAAACACUUGAAGAAAGUUGGCCUACUGAAGGACUACGAAGAAGACGAGCAAGUCAGGAUCAAUCAGUUUUAUCGAUCGGGCGUCACCAAAUUCGUCUUCCUGCCGUUCGCCUACACCCUGGACAGGUACCGAUGGGACGUCUUCCGGGGAGAAAUCAAACCGGAUGAGUACAACUGUCGCUACUGGCAGUUGAGGAGCGAGUUUUGCGGGGUGGAACCUCCGGUGCUUCGCACCGAGGAAGAUCUCGAUCCUCCGGCUAAGUAUCACGUCUCGGCAGAUGUUGAAUAUUUACGGUACUUUGUGUCCUAUGUGAUUCAGUUUCAGUUCCACAAAGCCGCCUGCCGUUUGGCUGGGGAGUACGUCGCUGGCGAUCCGGAGAAGACCCUGAACAACUGCGACAUAUAUCAGAGCGCUGCGGCAGGGAAUAAGUUGAAAGAAAUGCUUUCACUCGGUGCUUCCAAACCGUGGCCGGAUGCUAUGGAAGUGUUGACCGGAGAGCGCAAGAUGAACGCUGAUGCUAUUCUGGAGUACUUCAAGCCACUGCAUGAUUGGUUAGUUGGGGAGAACAAGCGACUUGGAGCUCACGUUGGAUGGACACCGUCGGAAAAAUGCAAAAAACAGUUUGACUUCGCACCGACCAAAUGAUGGUUUUGUUUCGUAUAACUAGUUUGUUAUGCUUUUAUUUCUGUAACCUGGCGUUAAAAUGAAAGGUUGCACCUUUUAUAAUAAAAAUAACAAUUUUGAUAUGUGGACUAAAUAAAA